CCUCGCUUCUGGUGGGGUUCAUGCCCCGCGGUGGUUGAAGAGCAAACUAGAACAGCCUGAAGGAGCUGCUUUCCAGUAACGAUUCGAAGAGCAUCUCGAAAUUAAAGUGAAUUGAAUUACAAGAUGAUCUUAGGGUCAAUUGGACAUUGGACCUGGAGGUGCCAGAUGAAGUAAUAGCCCGAAGAAACGGAGGCAGUUCUGUGCAGUCAAAACAGAAGGGUAACUUAAAGCACCAGCAAACACCCCACCUCUAGCUCCCAAGCCUUCCCAAGUUCCCAGCAGCCCCAGAAUCAACUGGCCCAGCCCCCAUACAGUACUGUUGGUAUAAUACUUGGCGCCGGAAGAUUGCAGCAGUGCUACGACGAUGCGACCCCUCUAUUUCCCCGUCAGAGGCCGGCGGCUUCUCAACAUAGCAAAACCAAGCCAAACAAACCAAUUCCACCACACCAUUCAAUUGAGCAGAGCUUCCAGCUCACCCCACCAAACACCAUGGCAGCUCCAGAGACCAAGCCGCUGGACGUCCUAAUGGUCGGAACAGGCGAAUACACGACCGGCUUUGUAGGCGGUGGUGCGUCUGGCUCAGACAAGAAAGUCGGUGUUGUGGGCCUAACAAUGUUUGAUUUGAGACGUAGAGGGAAAGUAGGGAAAUUGUCGAUGGUUGGGACAUCUGGGGGGAAAUACCCCGCUAUUCGCGAACACCUCACCAAAAACAUCACCAACUUCUACAACGGCCUCGACACCUCCUUCGACUCCUACCCAGCCAACGACCAAACCGACCCCCUCGCCUACAAAACCGCCAUCGACGCCCUCUCCCCCGGCUCCGCAAUCACGAUCUUCACCCCGGACACAACCCACUACCCCAUCGCACUCUACGCCAUCGAGCGCAAGAUCCACGUACUGAUCACCAAACCCGCCGUCAAAACCCUCGAGCACCACCAAGCGCUCCUCGCCGCCGCGAAGAAACACGGCGUCUUCGUCUACAUCGAGCACCACAAGCGGUACGACCCCGCGUACGCGGACGCGCGCUUCAAGGCCCAGAGUCUAGGCGACUUCAACUAUUUCUACUCGUACAUGAGCCAGCCGAAAUCCCAACUCGAGACCUUCAAAGCCUGGGCGGGCGUCGAUUCAGAUAUCUCGUACUACCUCAACAGCCACCACAUCGACAUCUGCGAGUCGAUGGUUCAGCAGCGGGGGUACACGCCCAUCAAGGUCUCCGCCUCGGCCUCAAAGGGUGUAGCUACAGGACUUGGCUGUGAUCCCGCGACGGAAGAUACGAUUUCGCUGCUGGUGCAUUGGGUGCUGAGAUCUGAUCCUGGUAAGCGCGCGACGGCUGUGUAUACGGCUAGCUGGACGGCGCCGCAGAAGGCGGGGGUGCAUUCGAAUCAGUAUUUCCACUAUAUGGGUGCGAAUGGGGAGAUUCGUAUUGAUCAGGCCAAGCGCGGGUAUGAUGUUGCGGAUGAUAAAGUGGGACAGCUGAUGUGGUAUAAUCCGUUCUAUAUGCGGUAUGCGCCUGAUGAGGAGGGGAACUUUGCGGGACAAGGGGGGUAUGGGUAUGUGAGUUUUGAGAAGUUUGUCGAUGGGUGUGUGAAGGUUAAUAGGGAUGGGGUGGGGGCCGUGGAGGAGUUGGAUAGGAGGGGGUUGCCGACUUUGAGGAAUACGGUGGCGACGACGGCGAUUUUGGAGGCGGGGAGGAGGGCGUUGGAUGAGGGACGGGAGGUCGGGAUUGAGGAGAAGGAUGGGGUUUGGAAAUUGGUUUAGGAGGUUUAGGGGGUUGACUGGAUAAAUAAUGAA